GGCGGCGGCGGCGAGAGCGCGUCCCGUGCAGGUCUCCAGGAGCCGCCGCCGCACCGCCGCCGCUCGCCAACAUGGCGGACCUGGAGGCCGUGCUGGCCGAUGUCAGCUACCUGAUGGCCAUGGAGAAGAGCAAGGCGACGCCGGCCGCGCGUGCCAGCAAGAAGAUCGUCCUGCCGGAGCCCAGUAUCCGGAGCGUGAUGCAGAAAUAUCUUGAGGAGAGAAACGAAGUAACCUUUGACAAGAUUUUCAAUCAGAAAAUCGGUUUCUUGCUAUUUAAAGAUUUUUGUUUGAAUGAAAUUAAUGAAGCUGUACCUCAGGUGAAGUUUUAUGAAGAGAUAAAGGCGUAUGAGAAGCUUGACAAUGAGGAAGACCGCCUGUGCAGAAGCCGGCAGAUUUACGACGCCUACAUCAUGAAGGAGCUUCUCUCCUGCUCGCACCCAUUCUCAAAGCAAGCUGUAGAACAUGUACAAAGUCACCUGUCCAAGAAGCAAGUGACGUCAACUCUUUUUCAGCCAUACAUAGAAGAAAUUUGUGACAGUCUUCGAGGCAACAUUUUCCAAAAGUUUAUGGAAAGUGACAAGUUCACUAGAUUUUGUCAGUGGAAAAAUGUAGAAUUAAAUAUUCACUUGACCAUGAAUGAUUUCAGUGUACACAGGAUUAUUGGACGAGGAGGAUUUGGUGAAGUGUAUGGUUGCAGGAAAGCAGACACUGGGAAAAUGUAUGCAAUGAAAUGCUUGGAUAAGAAGAGGAUCAAGAUGAAGCAAGGAGAAACAUUAGCCUUAAAUGAAAGGAUUAUGUUAUCUCUUGUCAGUACAGGAGAUUGUCCUUUCAUUGUCUGUAUGACCUACGCCUUCCACACUCCAGAUAAGCUCUGCUUCAUUCUUGACCUGAUGAAUGGUGGCGAUUUGCACUAUCACCUGUCACAGCACGGGGUGUUUACUGAGAAGGAGAUGCGUUUUUAUGCCACGGAAAUCAUUCUGGGGCUGGAGCACAUGCACAACCGCUUCGUGGUCUAUAGAGACUUGAAGCCUGCAAAUAUCCUCCUGGAUGAGCAUGGGCAUGUCAGGAUCUCCGAUCUCGGCCUGGCCUGUGAUUUUUCCAAAAAGAAGCCGCAUGCAAGCGUGGGCACCCAUGGGUACAUGGCUCCUGAGGUGCUACAGAAGGGGACGGCCUAUGACAGCAGUGCUGACUGGUUCUCCCUGGGCUGCAUGCUCUUCAAACUUCUGAGGGGCCACAGCCCUUUCAGACAACACAAAACCAAAGAUAAGCAUGAGAUAGACCGAAUGACGCUCACCGUGAACGUGGAGCUCCCAGAUGCCUUUUCCCCAGAGCUGAAGUCGCUCCUGGAGGGCCUUCUGCAGCGAGAGGUGGGCAAGCGGCUGGGCUGCCACGGAGGCGGCGCACAGGAAGUGAAAGAGCACAGCUUCUUCAAGGGCGUCGACUGGCAACAUGUCUACCUACAAAAGUACCCACCACCCCUCAUUCCUCCCCGGGGAGAAGUCAAUGCUGCAGACGCUUUUGACAUUGGCUCAUUUGAUGAAGAGGAUACUAAAGGCAUUAAGCUGCUUGAUUGCGACCAAGAACUCUACAAGAACUUCCCUUUGGUCAUCUCUGAGCGCUGGCAGCAGGAAGUGACAGAGACAGUUUAUGAGACAGUAAACGCAGACACUGAUAAAAUCGAAGCCAGGAAGAGAGCAAAAAAUAAGCAACUUGGCCAUGAGGAAGAUUACGCCCUGGGCAAGGACUGCAUCAUGCACGGGCACAUGCUGAAGCUGGGCAACCCCUUCCUCACGCAGUGGCAGCGCCGCUACUUCUACCUCUUCCCGAACAGGCUCGAGUGGAGGGGAGAGGGCGAGUCACGGCAAAAUUUACUGACCAUGGAACAGAUUCUUUCUGUGGAAGAAACUCAGAUUAAAGAUAAAAAGUGCAUCUUGUUUAGAAUAAAAGGAGGGAAGCAGUUUAUCUUGCAGUGUGAGAGUGAUCCAGAGUUUGCACAGUGGAAGAAAGAGCUGACUGAGACCUUCACAGAGGCCCAGCGCUUGCUGCGCCGAGCUCCCAAGUUCCUCAACAAGGCCCGGUCAGGUGUGGUAGAACUGUCUAAGCCACCAUUAUGUCACAGAAAUAGCAAUGGCCUCUGACCCCAGGGCCCGAGGGCUUCUAGGAGGCUGCACUGGGCCUCAGCCACAACCAGAUCCGCAGAAGAGCCGGAGCUGGGAUGGUGCAGGCACCAAGCUGAGCGCGGGUCUCUGGGAUGCUGAUGUCCCCACAGGAGUGGGACUGUCCUCAGCUGUGCUAGCCUCGCACCACUGCCAGACAGUGUCCGUAUACACUGGGAACUACUGAAGAAACCACAGCUCUUUUUCUUUGCUACAUACUUGUUUUGGUAUCUGUGAACUUAGAAUUUGAAAUGACUCCUACUUGCCACUUAAAUUUUUAUGUCUGACAUCAAACAUGUCUUAGACUUCACAGGAUGGAAUUAAAACACUUCAGUGUCAGGGAAUAGGUUGCCUUGUGCAUAGCCAUAUUUCACUUAUCUACGUCUCUGCACCCAGCUCCUGGGGGAGGUAGGCAGUGGGGUUCCCGUGUACACCCCCUCAGCGACCCCUUAUCUUCCUGGGGCUAGAAAUUGAGAUGUGUCCUGACAGGCAGCUCUUGGGCCCUUCACCUGCACCACCUACCUCCGUGGGUCUGUUCCAGGGGCUGCCAGCCAGACAGGGCCAUCAUCCCUUUAAUUAAAGUAUAUGGGACUGGGGAAAUAGCUCAGCGGCAUAAGCACCUGCCUGGCCAGUGCAGGGUCCUGGGUUCAAUCCCCAGUACCAAAAGCAACCGCAAAAGAAUAAAAGUGUGUGGGAUAGGCUGCAGGUAUUCUGGAGGGAAAGCAACCUGCAAGCCUGGCAAGGUCCUGUCACUGCUCAGCACAGUGAUGAGCUGGCCUUGGUCCACACCAGUAGCAGCUGUAGGACCCAAGCAUUCUGUUUCCUUGAGUCGCCCUGGGAAACCUGUCAGCACUGUAAAGAAAAGAAAAGAACUUCUCAGUUUUAGAUCUAUCAUUUAAAAUGGAUGUUAUUUUUAAAACAGUGCUGAGGAAUGAGUGUGUGCAGUGGAUUAACUGGGUGCUGACUGCCGUCGUCUAUCACUAGCAAGUAACUCUUCACGCUGGGCUUUUGUAUGACCCUGAGGACAUUUGAGCAGAAGGACUCCCCCCAGCCCCCUCUGGUGUCGCCUCCUAGAGAUUAAUGUCCCCAUUGCUGCUGUGCUGGUGAUGCCCCCAAGCAGAUGCUGGGCCCCCAGAACCAGUGAAGGCCCCCACAUAUCAGCUAAAACAUAAUAAUUUUUAAAGUCCAUACAUUUGCCCAAUUCUUGGUGUGGUUUUCGUGGAUGUCUUUAGCUACUAACAAUAGAAAUAAGCCAACCUCAUCAGCACUGCACCCUGUCCUUGGUAUUUUAAUGGUUCCAAACCAUCACUUUUUAUUUAUAUGCUGCAGUUGUUUAAAAGUAUGUACUUUUUAUGGAAAUUAUAUUGUAAGAGUUUGAAAGAUAAUUUAAUGUGAAAAGAUCUAUUUUAUAGGCAUGCUUUGGAAAAGAAAUUUAGGGAUUUGUUGUCAGUCUCAAUUCCCAAUUGGGGUUUCAGUGCACAUACAUGUCCUGCUGUUUCCAGUGCUGGAGGAGAGCUGCAUUGUGUGUGUGUUCCACUAUUAAACACCCACACACAUGCACACCUGCACACACACAUUCCUUUGCCACCAGAAACAGAAUGGUCCUUGCUAAGUGGGGACGGCCAGGCAGCCCUUGUGUCCACCUGGCCCCACUCAGUUGCAGCGAUAGCCGCUAUGGGGUUCUGUGGGUCGCAAGCUCUUGAGUGUCAGCCUGCGAGGGAGAGCUGCAUGUCAGCUUCCUCCAAGGGACCAAAGGCCUCCUGUCUGGGGAGCUGUGGCAAGACUAGGAGCCAAAGAGUGUAGAAGAUUAUCUGGGCUUCCCACGCUUGCUGUCCACUUGAGCCAAUCCACAUCUGUUUCAAAAAUUAUGUUUGCUCCAAAGCAGAAAGAAAACAUGAAUUAGAAGUUCCCCUGAGAGUCUUCUGCCCCAAACUUAUGCCUCAUAAAUUUAUACUUCAUAGGAGACAGCUGAGAAGCCUGGGCGUCGCUUGUCCAAGCCUGCAAGAGACUAGGAUGAGCUCUCUAGGGUGGGGUCUGGCAUGGCAGCCCCGACAACCCUGUCUUCCAAAUGGUUUGUGUGACCAGAUGGGGUUGCCACUGGGCUGCACCCAGGCCCGUGGGGUUAGGCGAAGCUGCUGGGUUGGGGGCAUUGCUGUGCUUGGCUGCUGGAGAAAUUUUCAUUGUUCACAAAAUGAAUUUCUAAAUGCUUGGCCCUUCAUUGGCCUUUGGGCAUUUUGUAUCAUUGAAAAGUUCCAAAGUCAGCCCAAGUUUUCACAUUUCAAUAGAUUUCUUAUAGUUGGGAUGUUUUAACUUUGUUAAGGGAAAUAAUCGAGGUUGAUAUUUUUAUAAAAUUAAGUUAUAAUAAGAUUUGAUUUCAGAAUUCAAAUGAAUCAAAGCAAAGAGUAAAAAUAGGUUACUUGAAUCUGCUGCUAUAUAACAUGGAAUAAAUU